AUGUUCUGGCGAACCAAGUCGCACGACAGCCAUGCGUCCGAGGACCCGGCCCUGGCACGCACCACAUCCGCAUCGAAGAAUGACCCUGCCGCCUCCGCAGACCAAGCCUCCGGAACCGCAUGGCUUGCCGGACAUUUGAAUCAUUUGACUCCCGAGCAGGAGGAGAAGUUGCGCGAGUUCAAGAGUAUCUGCUCUGAGCGUGGAUACUAUACCGCUGUCGUGGAACCGGCAGAGGGCGUGGAGGCGAAGGACGCUAGCCAUGACGAUGCGACUAUGCUCCGAUUCUUGCGGGCUCGCAGAUUCGAUGUCGAGGGUGCGUGGGGUCAAUUCAAGGAUACGGAGGACUGGCGCAAGGAUAAUGCGAUCGAGUCGCUGUAUGAGAAUAUUGGUGUGGACUCGUAUGAGGCUGCACGUCGGAUGUAUCCUCAAUGGACCGGCCGUCGCGAUCGCCGCGGUAUCCCUGUCUACGUCUUCGAGAUCCGCCACCUGAAUAACAAGGAGAUGGCUGCGUACAAUGAUACCAUGUCGACUGGUACUCCCGAAAGCCACAAGUCGUCGACUAUCCCAGCCCGUCUCCUAAACCUGUUCGCUUUGUACGAGAACUUGCUUAACUUUGUCAUGCCUCUGUGCUCCUCGCUCUCGCGUCCGAACCCCGAGACUCCGAUCGUGACCUCGACCAAUAUCGUCGAUGUGAGCGGCGUUGGGCUGAAGCAGUUCUGGAACCUCAAGUCCCACAUGCAGGAUGCUAGUGUGUUGGCCACCGCUCACUACCCCGAGACUCUGGAUCGUAUCUUUAUCAUUGGCGCACCUGCUUUCUUUCCUACCGUCUGGGGCUGGAUCAAGCGCUGGUUCGACCCAGUAACCACAUCCAAGAUUUUCAUCUUGUCCGCUGCUGAGGUGAAGCCCACCCUAACUUCUUUCAUGGACCUCUCCAGCAUUCCCAAGCAGUAUGGUGGCGAGCUCGAGUGGCAAUGGGGCGAUAUGCCCAACCUGGACGAGCCCGCUCAGGAGCUCCUGCAAGGUCUGGAGCAAGAGCCUGCUGAGGGCAAGACGAAGAAGGAGCUCAUCAAGGGCCCGGUUCUUUUCAAGGGCGACAAGGUUGAGGUGCUGGGCACUGUGGACGGCAAAGAGCGUCGGUCCACUAUUCCCGUUCCCCAAAAGGACCAGACGACCACCACCGAGAACUCGGAGCCGGCGAACGAAGACUCUACUGAGACACCAGCCAAUGGCGACGCCGAGAAGCCCGUUGAAAAUGUGACUGUGAACGUCGAGGAGACCCAGACCACCACUGCUACCGCAUAG